AGUCAGGGUCCCGGGGUCGUUCUUGAGCCCCCUUCCCAGAGUCGAUGACUUCAAGAGAUGGGAACAGCCUUAGACAAAAAUAAUUGCCGUUUACUGGGCGUUUACUACAUUACUACGUGUCAGGCCCUGCUUCUCUCCUAUCUUAUUUAAUAUCAUCCUGAUGUCUUAUGACCAUGUGGAACUUACAUUCAAUGAUAUGAAGAACGUGCCCGAGGCCUUCAAAGGGACCAAGAAAGGCACCGUCUACCUUACCCCUUACCGGGUUGUCUUUCUGUCCAAAGGAAGGGAUGCCAUGCAGUCCUUCAUGAUGCCCUUUUAUCUGAUGAAGGACUGUGAGAUCAAGCAACCUGUGUUUGGUGCGAACUACAUCAAGGGAACAGUGAAGGCUGAAGCAGGAGGUGGCUGGGAAGGCUCUGCGCCAUACAAGUUGACCUUCACGGCAGGGGGAGCCAUCGAGUUUGGACAACGGAUGCUACAGGUGGCAUCUCAAGCCUCCCGAGGUGAAGCCCCCAAUGGAGCCUAUGGGUAUUCUUACAUGCCCAGCGGGGCCUAUGUCUUUCCCCCGCCAGUCGCCAAUGGAAUGUACCCCUGCCCUCCUGGCUACCCCUAUCCACCGCCCCCACCUGAGUUCUAUCCAGGACCCCCCAUGAUGGACGGGGCCAUGGGAUAUGUGCAGCCCCCACCACCGCCCUAUCCUGGGCCCAUGGAACCUCCGGUCAGCGGCCCUGAUGUCCCCUCUACCCCUGCAGCUGAAGCCAAGGCGGCAGAGGCGGCUGCCAGCGCCUAUUACAACCCGGGCAACCCACACAACGUCUACAUGCCCACGACCCAGCCUCCGCCACCUCCCUACUACCCCCCGGAAGAUAAGAAGACCCAGUAGACCCCUCCCACCCCUGCUUCCCACCCCUCGUCACUCUUCCCUUCCCUUCCUCUUGGGGCUGAGACUGGGGUUCGGGGGGUGAUGGAAGGGCCUUGUUCUUCCUCCAGGUGUGAUUAUAAAACACUUCCCAAGGACUGGUGUUGAGGGAAGGGGGGGCCCCCCUGACUCGGGAGCCGUGCCUCCCAGCUUCUCAAGCUAUAGCUCAGAGCCCGCUCAGUCGGCGCCGCUCAGUCGUGCUUCCCUCUCGCCACGCCUGGGGCUCUGUUCAGGAGCGUGAACGUCCACCUCGUUCCCGUCUUGCUCUAGUAGUUUCUUCCCACGGAGACUCUCUGGCCACCUCCUGUACCGCAGUCCAGCUCCCUCGUUUUGGAAUCCACUUUAUACCCGGCCUCGUGAACUCCCUCAGACCAGCCUCGCGUCUUCCUGAGGGCCCCUGCCAGGCCCCCCUCACAUUCCCUCCACUCUGGUCUGUGCCUAACCAUGGAAACCGGACUGUCAGCCCACAUUCCAAUCCCAGCCAGCCUCCAGCCCCGGUCACGCUCUUCUUCCCCUCCCUGUCCUGUCCUCGGUCGUCUGUCGCCACCGCUUUGUGACUUUUUGGAGCUUUAAUGUAAGCUUCCAGGGGGUGGGCCGCCUCAGGACCAGGCCGCCGCGAUGGGGAGGGAGCCCACUGCGUCCCUCCGAGUGUUUCUGGCAUUUGUUUCCCUUUGCCUUCUCUUUUCUCUCUAGAAGGGGCUUCUCAGACUGGAUGCAUGUUCAUCCAUCCCAUCAUGCCAUUUGGGGGCUGCUGGGUGGGCUGGAACAAAGGCCCUGACCCCUGGGGCCUGGCCUGAACCUGUGUGCUGACCGUGACCUCUCACCAGCCCCUCACCCUGCCCUCUUCCCUUUAAGCUUCAUGCCUAAUUGGUGAUAUGCCCCCUGGAUGCACUAAAAUUUGCUCUCAUUUGCUUCUGGACUGGCCGUGAAGUGAGGAGAUGGUUAUUUAAAGAGAAUUCCCUAUUUAUUUGACAAAAAAAAAAAAAAAAAGAAAGAAAGAAAGGAAAGAGAAAGACAACAACCAGUUAAUAUAUUAACGUGAAAUAAACCCUGUUUGCACCUUGAUUUGUUUGCUGAAAAUGUGAAGUAGUAAAAAUGAAGUGACUGGA